UUAUUUAUUCUCUGAUUCUCUUUUACGUGGUCUUUGAGAGUGAGUAUCAUGUGUUUUCACGGCUCUGCCUCAGACAGAGCGAGAAGAUCUUUUUGUAUGGAUAGAAAAGAAAAAAAAAUCAUGGGCAUAACGGUCUUGACUCUUGAGUUGGAAUCGUUAUUUUUCUGUAUCUCUGAAAUUUGUUCUUGUAUUCUUGUUGUGUUUUUGCAUUGCAAAAUCGCGCUUUAACUGUUUCUUUUUUAAGGCGGGAUUUUUGGAAGAAAAAUAGAGCUGUGUGUGUGCAGAUGGAUUGUGGACGUAUUUAAAAAUAAAAACCUGAGCAAUAAAUGCAUUUUUUUCUCUAAUAUUUUUUUUAUAAGCUAGGUUCAGGUCGAGAUGAGGAAUAAAAAUAUGAGGUGAUCUGUGGUGUUGCAAUAUUGUUUGUCAAUUAAAGAAAUGGAAAGGCAAACAGAAAAUCCUUGUAUUUGAAGUAUAAGAGCACAAAGUAAAAUAGUACUCAGAUACGAUUACAACUCAAGACCGUUGUGCACAUAUGUGUUUUUUUUUUCUGUCCAAGUAGGCCUUGUAGCUCGAGUAUCGAGUCGUCCUGGCGCACGUUUUUGUUUCUUUCUAUCAAAAGAAUAUACGGUUGACGCUGGUCAGUCUGCCUCAAUGAGAACGAUUCAUUAAAAAACAACACAAAAAAAAAGCGUGUGUGUACACAUGUACACGCGAUCUUUGUAUAUAAAAUCUAUAGUACUAUCAUGAAAAAAAACAGCGCCACCAAAAAAGUAAGCUAGCGAACGAACUAAAAACUAUGUCAAAUUUCAAACAGAAAUGUAUAUCUCAUCUCUUUACUCCCAUUAUUGAAUUCGAUCUAAGCGCCCUCGCGACCACUCAGGUAGCGAACAAACUAAAAAAUUUCACUUCAUGAUAGUACUAUAGAUUUUAUAUACAAAGCACGCGAUUGAAGUUAUACUUCUGUCUCACAGAAAUUCACUAAGGUUCAGACCAUAAUUGAUUUACUGAUUUACUUUGAUAUUUCUUGUUAAAAAGUAAAUGUUUGGUCCCGACGCGUCGUAAAAGAAAUAUAACUUCAAAAAGGCAAAAUCCACAAGAUCAUAUCAAAUAUGGCAAUGUUAUACCACCCUUAGCUUAAUGGUAGGAAAUAAAAUAAGGAUGAUGUAAAAAAAUGUCUUAUUAGUUUAUUACAUAAUUUCUAAAUUAAUUAUUAAACUAUAAAAAUUGAAUAAUAAAUGUGAUCGAUAAGUGUGCCAUGAUUAUGAAAGUGGACUAAGUCACUUUUUGCAUUGUUUAAAGAAAAACUUACAUAAUAAUUUUCUUAUAACGAUUUAAUUAUGUUUCUUUUAUAAAAUCACUAGAGGAGCAAUAAAGAAGUUUAUUUACUGCAAUUUUGCUUUCAAAUAAACUUUACCCCUUAAAUAAUAAUUAUUUUAAGGCUAGAUUUGAGACCAUUUUUGAAAGUGACUUAGUCCACUUUCAUAAUUAAGGGCACAAGUGUUGAAGUGAAUAAUAUUAUGUAUUUAAAGCGUUAAAAUGUUUUUUUUUUUUGUGUGUGAACAUUGUUAAAUGUUGUGUUCCAUUGGCUAUUUUGUUGUUUUUCAUUAUUUGUUUUCAGAAACAUUCAGGCUUGCCAUGUGAAUAAGUGCUGAUUAAAUUGCGUUUGUGUGAAUCUUGAAAAAAAAUCGGGCUUUAUACUUUAUUUGUAAAAUUUAAAAAUUCGUAGGUAUUCCAUUUCAAGACAGACUUUGUAUUUUUUGUUCAAUAUUCACACAACAACAAUUAAACCAGCACUGAUUCCCAUGGCAAGCCUGAAUGGUUCUGAAAACAAAUAAUGAAAAACAAAAUAAAAAAGCCAAUGGAAACAACAUUUUACAAUGUUGACACACACAAAAAAAACAUUUUAACACUUUGAAUAAUAUUUUUCACUAGCACAACACUUAUCAUUCAGUUUUAUUAUUUAAUUGUUAUUACCUAAAACUAACUUUCCACAAAACGAAAAACCACCGACAUUUUUUUUUUUAUUUUGUGCGAUAAAUAAUGCCCUCUCCCUUCCAAAAAAUUUAAACUUCUACAGGUACAGGCUAAAUGAAAAAAAAAGAAGUGUGAUGUGUGAAUGACAAAUUUGAGUGAAGUUGGUGGAGGUUGAAUGAUUGAAUGAUGGAAUUUGAACGAAUGGAACAUGAAACAGGUUGAAUUGAAUCCCAAAAUGCAAGGUGCAAACACAAUGCCCUUGAGGCGAUUACACUUUGCAUUUUCUUUUUCGAUACUUUUUUUACGUAGUUGAGCUUAGUUUAAACGUAGUUCAACAAAUAUAUAAAUCAGGUUUGAAAUAUAUCAAAAAGUAGGAAUAUUAUAUAUUCCUGUGUAUGUGUAUUUUGUCUUAAAAAAGUGUAGUUAAUCGAAAGAAAACAACAACAAAUACAAUAAAAAAUAAAGAAACUAUUUUGGUAUAAUUGUGUUCAAAAUUGUUGCAAAUAAAAACAAAAUAAAGAAAUUGGCACUCGAAUUUCGAAGGCUGGGUCGGCUUGUACAUACAAAUGCACAAGCACAUACAUAAAUCUUGAAAAACUCACUUUUCUCACUUUUCUUCGGAGAUUUCUGAGACGAACAUUUUUUGGAUUCAUUUCUCAGUUUUCUUUCCCUUUCUUUGAAUUGUUUCCUUAUUGUUUUGACGUUUGUUUUUAGGUGGUGUGCAGUUAUAAAAGUGUUAAAAACAUGAAAAAAUUGAAGAAAAUGUUAUUAUUUGGCGCAUGAUUCACGAAAUACUUUAUUUUGAAAUAAUUUUUAUCACAAAUGAGUGUUUAAACAAACUUUGCAUUUUUGAGAAGUUUGAGUUGAAGUGUUGGAUUAGAAAAAUAUUGGAUUCAUUCUAGAAACUUGUCUCACAAAAUUAUUUUGUUUCAAAAUGACAUUUAGCCCUCAGAGAUUUUUUCUUGGUGGGACGCGCCUAUUCUAUAAAUAUUUAUACAAUUUACAAACUUCCACCAACACCAAGCGUGAAUUAUAUUUUUGUGUUUACAUUCACUAACAAUUUUUUUUCCAUCAUCAAUAAAUAGUCAAAAAUAUUGAGUUUCCCUAAACACACUAAUAGCGUUGUAUUUGCUUUCCUGAUUUUCUUUCUUCAUUUUCAGUUUUUGAUUAUUAUUUUUAUCAAAAAAAAAAAAAUACGGUAUCGGUACGGGUAUUUAUAUGAAAAAAAUUCCACAUCUGAACGUUGAUGUGUCACUUUGGAAUUUUUUUCAUACAAUUACCCGUACCGCUACCGCUUGUACCCACCGGUCUCCGGUUUGGCGAAGCCUUUACACCCCGACUCCACAGGAGAUAUUUUUCUCUAACUCAAUGUCUAACAUCUACAACAUAACAAUUUUUUUUUUCUUGGCUGGGCAAAUUUUGUUUGGACAUUUCAUUUCCAUACUCGACUGCGUGGAGGGAUGACAUGAGAAAUUUUUGCGGACGAAAUGGAAGAAAGGCACCUUGUCAAAUAUGUUUGAUGACUAUGUAAUGUUUGGGAUUGGUGAUUGAUAGUAUAAACUCAUCAACAUUAAUGUUAUUAAUUCUUGUUUGUCAACCAAUUUUGAAAAUUUAAGCAUUGACUAGAAUUUAAAAUAAAAAAAAAAAUAUAUCUUGCUAUUUAAAUUGUGUUUUGUUUUUUAUUUGUCUUUAAAAUUGUAUAUGUAAGUAGUAAAAAUAAAUAAAUAAGCUAAAAAUAUAGAAAGCUUAUUAAAUUCUUCAAACUAAACUUUUUUCAUGAGAUUUUUUUUUUAAAUUAAGAUUAAAAAAAACUGAUAUGGAUGCUAUAAGGAAGCUCAAGGCCAUCCAGGAGUUAGAGGAGUUAGAGGAGUUAGAGGCAAUGGAAGAAGAGCAAGAAAAAAGGAAGCAUAGGUUCUGGGUGAAUCCUUUCUUAAUUUUAAGAGAGACCCAUGACCUUGAGCAACAUUUGCUCAAAGACAUUUUGUGGGAGCAAGGUAAUGAUUACCAAAACUUCUGCAGAAUGUCCAUCGAUAGGUUUACGGCUGUCCUUCUCUUGGUUGAGCCAUCAAUCAAGAGACAGGACACUCGGAUGCGUUUCGCAAUUACCCCUAGAGUGCGGCUUGCAGUAACACUGAGGUACAUUGCCACUGGAGACUCUUAUCGGUCAAUGGAAUUCCUAUCCAGGAUAUCAAGAAAGACCAUUGCAAAGUUUAUACCAGAUGUGCUUUUUGCAAUAUAUGAUGCUCUUCACUAUAGUUAUAUGAAAACUCCUACGACAGAAAGUGAAUGGUUGACAAUUUCGAACGAGUUCGAAAAAUUUUGGGAUUUCCCUCAUACUCUGGGAUCGAUAGAUGGAAAGCACAUUCGUAUAACCGCUCCAUCACAUUCAGGUUCAGAUUUCUAUAACUAUAAGGGCUAUUUUAGUAUAGUUUUGCUCGCAGUUGUUGAUGCACACAGCAAGUUUUUAUAUAUAGACGUUGGGGGCAACGGCAGAGCUUCUGACGUUAUAAUAUAUAAAAACUGUAGUCUAUAUAAGGGGCUAACUGCAGGUCGCCUCAAUAUUCCCAAAGAAAAAUGCUUGAAGGGUCAGAAGGUUGCCACUCCUUAUUUUUUUAUUGGGGAUGACAUUUUUGGACUGGAUAAGCACCUAAUGAAAGGUUUUGGCAGGAGUGCAAAACUAAACACUCAACAGGAAAUUCUGAAUUAUAGGCUUAGUCGUUGCCGGUUGACCGUUGAGAUGGCAUUUGGACGGUUAGCAUCACGGUUCAGGAUCUUACAUCGUCCUAUUGAUUUGGCCUUGGGGACAAGUGAAGCUUUGGUGAAAGCUUGUUGUGUGCUCCACAACUAUCUGUCACCAACUUUAAAUAAAUCACCUGAUGUGGAACAGGCAAGUUCCAAUCCACUUCCGGAGACGAUGUUGGACCUUGGAACCCAGGAAGUAUCUGGCUACAAAUAUGCCUCAAAAAUAAGGGAAAAUUUAGCCCAUUAUUGUGUCACGGAUGGUGAUGUUGCAUAUCAAUGGACAAAAAUUUCAAAAUAA